UCUUGCAGCAUUUCCGGUAUCAAGAUGGUGGCUUCAGCUAUUUAAAGACUUUCUGAACCCUUCUCCGUCCCUUUGUGGAUUUUUUUUUUUAAACUGGAUGUGACGCAUUAAAGGAACCGACGGAAGUAGAACCGAAGCAGUUCGAAAAUGGCGAACCGUACGGUGAAGGAUGCGCAUAGCAUCCACGGCACCAAUCCUCAGUAUUUGGUGGAGAAGAUCAUUCGGACGCGAAUCUACGAGUCUAAGUACUGGAAAGAGGAGUGCUUUGGACUGACGGCUGAACUUGUAGUCGAUAAAGCCAUGGAGUUGAGGUUUGUGGGUGGUGUCUAUGGUGGCAACAUAAAGCCAACUCCCUUUCUGUGUUUGACCUUGAAGAUGCUUCAAAUUCAACCCGAGAAGGAUAUCAUUGUAGAGUUUAUCAAAAAUGAAGAUUUCAAGUAUGUCCGCAUGUUGGGAGCACUUUACAUGAGGCUGACAGGCACUGCAAUUGAUUGCUACAAGUACUUAGAGCCUCUGUACAACGACUAUCGAAAAAUCAAGAGCCAGAACCGAAAUGGGGAGUUUGAACUGAUGCAUGUGGAUGAGUUUAUUGAUGAACUGCUGCACAGUGAGAGAGUCUGUGAUAUCAUUCUACCCCGGCUACAGAAACGCUAUGUGCUAGAGGAAGCUGAGCAACUGGAGCCUCGGGUUAGCGCUCUAGAAGAGGACAUGGAUGAUGUGGAGUCCAGUGAAGAGGAAGAAGAGGAAGAUGAGAAGUUGGAGAGAGUGCCAUCACCUGAUCAUCGCCGGAGAAGCUACCGAGACUUGGACAAGCCCCGUCGUUCUCCCACACUGCGCUACAGGAGGAGUAGGAGCCGGUCUCCCAGAAGGCGGAGUAGGUCUCCUAAAAGGAGGAGUCAUCUCCACAGCCCCUCCCCUCGCCGAGAAAGGCAUCGGAGCAAAAGUCCAAGACGUCACCGCAGCAGGUCUCGAGAUAGAAGGCACAGAUCCCGCUCCAAGUCUCCAGGUCAUCACCGUAGUCACAGACAUAGGAGCCACUCAAAGUCUCCUGAAAGAUCUAAGAAAAGCCACAAGAAGAGCCGGAGAGGGAAUGAGUAAUGGACUCAGUUUGGUUUUAGUCCAAAUGGCCUCAUGUGGAUCUGAAGUCACCUGUCUAUGUGGAAGUAUCAAGACCUACACCUUAGGCAGCUAUGAGAAUAUUUUAGCUCUUUUUAACCAAGUUUCUCCACUUUUUUUUUUUUUUUUUAAUGAAAGAGGUGCUGAGUUUUGUAUCGCUCUUUGAAUCAUAAUCCACAUUUGAGGGAUAGCACUUCCCAAGGGCUGCUUUCGACCCCUCUGUACAACCAACCUUGACUGUACUCAACUUUGUAAGGGAUUUGAGGGGUGGAGAGGAUGAAUGACAAGGAGAGGAUGUGGCUGCAUGGUGACCCUUUUAUUAUUAAAUUUUACACAUCCACUUUCUGUAUUUCUGUAGUUUAGUUUUGGUUUGCUCCGUGAUUAGAACUGUUCUGAGAAUCCUGAGAUUUGUGCUGCUGCUGUUACACUCAAAACUCAAGUCAGUAAAACCUAUUCUCUCCCAGACUUUUUUUCAGCAGCACUACAUAAUAAACAUGAAAACUGAUGAGUUAGCAGCAGCUUUGUAAGAACAGAAUGUAUUCAAAUGUUAAGACUUCUUCUGGAUCAUUUAAUCCAGUUGCAUUGAACAGUUCAACAAUGGAACUUGACACCUUUUACACAACAUUCUUAUAUAAUGUUUUUUCUUCCCCAUAAGCCUUGAAUUCUAGGUUAUGGUGCUCAGCCUUUACCUUGAAAAGACUGUCAUUAUUUUCCAAGUUUAGUCGGUAGCAGUGGGCCUAUAAGAUUGAAAAGGAGAGUUAAGUAUCUAAUACCAUUCACGGUUUUGACUUCAUUUGCUGGCAAAUAGUGCCAUUUAUUCACAAAGCUAGAAAGUACAGCAGGAAGAGGCCAAGCUUUAGAGGGGGCAGGUGGUGAAAGUUGUUUUGGUAGUAAAAAUGAUGCAUUCAAUUUUACUUAAAGUAUAGAGACUGCUACGGUAUAUCUAGAUAAAGCCCAGGUUGUUAGAAGUAGGAAUUGGAGUUGAGCAUAGUGAUCUAACCCUGAAUUGACAACAUUUAGGUAAUUGUGGAAGAUGUAGAAUUAAAUGGGGGCUGCCCAGGAAGUGUGUUUAUGUAAGAAAAGCCAACAACAGAAGCGUAGGCAACACUCAACACUGGUGAGAGAAAGCAAUGCAGUCAACCACCUGAAAAUGGAAAUGAACUUUCAGAAAGGUAGAAGAAUUAGGAGACAGUAUAUCAAAGAAGCUAAGGGUUUGAGGACUUAGAAGCAAAAUAAGAACUGCAAAGUGUCCGUGGGCAUUGAUAAUCAAGAAGGUGUUGAAAUCUUUGCUAGAAGAGUUCAUUCUACUAGUACUUAACUUUUUUCCUUUAAAAAGGAAACAGUGGAAAAAAAGAGGGGUGGGGGGAAGUGAUUGGAAUUCCCACAGCUCUGGACCUACCAAGAAUUCUGAAGACCAAUUGCCUCAUACGAUCUAGUUUCUUGGGAAGCCAGAUCUGGUCACAGGAUUAACAUUCUUUUGCUUGCUGUUGAACUGAAGGACUUUUGCAGCAAUGUUAAAGCAUUUUGGGAGAUUUGAGAUUUUACAUUCUUCAACGAUUCCUCACCUGGUAAUACUUGAGCUGAUAAAAGUCAUCCAUAAGAGCUAAUGUUAAUGUUAUUCAUCAUACAACUAUAUAUAAGACUGCCUUUAAGAAUUAAAUAUAAGCACCUCUAUUGAUAUCUGUUACAGAGUCCUAGAAGUUAGUUCUUUACCAAAGUGAUCCGGAUGGAAAGAAAUGUCUUCUGGCUUAAUGACCUAUGGACCAACCAAGUAUAUUGUUAAAAUAUUCAUUUUAAAGUAUAAGAUUAAGAAAUUGAAAAACCUGCAGAAAAAACCCACAAAAACUCGACAAUCUUAAAUAACAGAAAUAAGCCUCGCUUCCUCAAACAAACUAUAAACUUAAAGCAUACUUAUUUAGGUGUAUGGAGAGAUCUGAACCAAAUUGUAGUACAGCCAGCCUAAAACAGGAAGCAGAUUGUUCCUAUUCUUUUAUUAGUGACAAAGAAUUGCAGACGAGAUGAAGUCUAAGGACAAACUUUGCUGAAGGGCCAUUUCUGUCAUCUGUGUGCUAGCCUACUGGAUGAGGCCUUGGAACUGUAGCUUUGUAAACCUUUUUUGACUGUAGCCUAUAUUAAAAAUUUUACAUUUUACCCCUUUACACAUGUAUUCUAUACUGAAACAUUUCAGGAAAAAAACAUGCAAAAUGUAUUCUGAUAUUUCCUAUACAGUAUUUUGUGGGUUUUUAAAAAUUUUUUUAAUGUUGAGAGAGAGAGAGACAGAGCAGGAGCGGAGAAGGGGCAGAGCAAGAGAGGGACACAGAACCCAAAGCAGCUCCAGGCUCCGAGCUGUCAGCACAGAGCCCAAAACGGGGCUCGAACUCACAAGCCAUGAAAUCAUGACCUGAGCCGAAGUUGGAUGCUCAACUGACUGAGCCACCUAGGCACCCCUUAAUACAUUUUUAACACUGGGUGCAAACUACUAAAUUGAUUUCACUUCCCACAAUUAAUUUGGUUAAAUAUUCCAAUAUAAGAACUCAACUGAAAGCCUCAUUCCCUGAGCCCCUUUCUGUUAUUUCCCGCAUAUAGACUGAUCUGAGGUUAAAUAAGCAUUACUCAGAAAAGACAGACCACAGAUGCUGGUCACUCCCUGCAGAAAGUUAAAGUAACAAGUUCUCCAGACUCAAAAAAAGACCAUUAACAGGAUGCAUGGGUGGCUCAGUCAAGCAUCUGACAUGAUCUCACAGUCUGAGUUUGAGCCCUGCAUCAGGCUCUGUGCUGACAGCUCCGAGCCUGGAGCCUGCUUCUAAAUCUGUGUCUCCCUCUCUGCCCCUCCCCCACUCAUGCUCAUUAGCUCACUCUCAAAAAUAAAUAAACAUUUAAAAAAAAGACCAUUAACAAAGUGAUGUUUUAAAAAAAUGCGAAGUAUACAUGUUCAAAGAUGAGACUAAAUAAGCUUAGUAGAGCUUAAAUGAUUUAAAAAACUGGACAAAUAAAAGCCUUAUUAUAAAGCAAUAUAAAAUAAAUAUAAGGCAUACAAAAAAUAGGCUGGAGAAAAUAAAAAUGGGAAAUAAUUUUUAAAAGACAUAUAAAGGUAGUAAAACACUUGAAAUCCUACAUAUGCAUAAUUCACAUUCCUGAUGAAGAAAAUUGAGCAAAUUUAAAUAUCCAGAUACAAGAAAACUUUCUUGACAUAAUGAACAAUCUAUUAAGAAAUAGCCUAAUGAAGGUAAGACACAAAGAAUUUCAAGGACAUCUAAGCAGAGAAAUCAAGUCCUGUAUAAUGAGGGGGAAAAAAUCAAGCUGGUCUCAGAUCUUAGAACAAACUUCACAAGGCAGUGAAGCAAAAGGCUCUAGGGGUAAAGUUGUGAAAGGAAUUUUAUACCCACCCAAAGUUGUCUUUAAAAUGUAAAAAGAGGGUGGAGCGCCUGGAUGGCUCAAUCAGUUGAGCAAUGGACUUGCUAGGGUCAUGAUCUCACAGUUCCAGUUUGUGGGGUUGACCCUGUGUCUGGCUCUGUGAUGGCAGCUCGGAGCCUGGAGCCUGCUUUGGACCUCUCUCUCUGCCCCUCCCCCAUGUGCUAGCUCUCAAAAUAAAACAUAAAAAAAAUUUUUUUUUUUUUAACACAAAGGGAAAGGACGCCUGGGUGGCUCAGUUGGUUAAGCGUCUGACUUCAGCUCAGGUCAUGAUCUCAUGUUUUUGAGUUCAAGUCCUGCUCUGUGCUGUCAGCACAGAGCCUGGAGCCUACUUUGGAUUCUGUGUCUCCCUCUCUCUCUGCCCCUUCCGGACUCCUGCUCUGCCUCUCUCUCUCUCUCAAAAAUAAACAGUAAAAAAAAUUAAGAACAAAAUGUAAAGGGAAUAUGCAUUCUAAUCACUUAGGAGAAAAAUGCCUGACAAUAAAACACCCAACAAGAAAUUAAUCAAAUUCAGGAUUUAGGAAUAAAAAGCAGCAGUGAAAGGAAUGGUAGUAAACAUUUUAAAAACUAAAUAAAAAUGGGAAAUAGUUUUAGGACUUGAUGUGAACAAAAUGUGUGGAUUUUGUUUUUCAUAAUAGGAGUCCUACACUUCAUUAAAACAUACAUGAAAACCAGGAAAAAGUAACUCCAGCCUCUUUAAUGUUUUCUAUAAUUGCCCUUAAUUUUAAGAGGAGUCUUUUAGUGGGGCGCCUGCGUGGCUCAGUGGGUUGAACAUCUAACUUUUGAUUUUAGCUCAGGUCAUGAUCCCAGUGUUUGUGAGAUCAAGCCCCGUGUCGGGCUCCACACUGAGCAUGGAGCCUGCUUAAUUAAGAUUCUCUCUCUCCCUCUGCCCCUCUCCCCUGCUCAUUCUCU